GGUACACGGAAGGCAAAAAUCGACUGGAGGGUGGAACCAGAGGAAGACAGAAACAAAAAUAAAGUGGAUAGAGAAGGGAGGGGGCGGGAAUCACGGAUUCGAGGCGUGGUGAGAGAGUCGAGGGAAAGGGACGACCCGAUGGACGGAGGGUCGGGGAAAGGUGACGAGAGCGGCGCGCCGAGUGUCGGGACGGUGUCUCCGGAGCAGAGGCUGAGGCAGCUGGAGCGGCUGAUGGCCCGGGGCGCGGCUGCGGAUGCCCAGGCCGAUCCGAGAAUAAGCCAGGAGACGCUGCUCGACCUCCUCCUUUGCCUGUUCUACGAGUGCAGCAGCUCCCGGCUCUGCAGAGACCAGGCCAUCAGCGACUUCCUACAGCGGGUCACUCCACUCAUCACCAGGGUGAAGGAGCUCCAGCUCCAUCGCGACGACUUCGAGAUCCUGAAGGUCAUCGGGCGGGGCGCCUUUGGAGAGGUAGCCGUCGUCAAAAUGAAGGAGUCGGAGAAGGUGUUUGCCAUGAAGAUCCUCCAUAAAUGGGAGAUGCUCAAGAGAGCGGAUGCAGCCUGCUUCCGAGAGGAGAGAGACAUCCUGGUGAGGGGGCGCGGCCGCUGGAUCACUCGGCUCCACUAUGCCUUCCAAGACGAGCUCUACUUGUACCUGGUGAUGGACUACUAUGCUGGGGGAGACCUCCUGACUCUGCUCAGCAAGUUUGAGGACCGCCUGCCCGAAGACCUGGCUCGAUUCUACGUCGCGGAGAUGGUGCUGGCGAUCGACGCCAUCCAUCACCUCAACUACGUCCACAGAGACAUCAAGCCGGACAAUGUUUUGAUCGACGUCAGCGGACACAUCCGCGUCGCCGAUUUUGGAUCCUGCCUCCAACUGGGCCAGGACGGGACGGUGGAGACCUCGGUGGCGGUGGGGACCCCGGACUACAUCUCCCCGGAGAUCCUCCAGGCCAUGGAAGACGGGAAGGGCAAGUACGGCAGCGAGUGCGACUGGUGGUCGCUGGGCGUCUGCGUCUACGAGCUGCUCUUCGGAGAGACUCCCUUCUACGCGGAGUCCCUGGUGGAGACGUACGGGAAGAUCAUGAACCACAAGGACAAGCUGAUGUUCCCAGCGGACGAGGACGACGUUUCGGAGGAAGCCCGCGACCUGAUCGGUCAGUUGGUUUGCAGCAAGGAGAAGCGCCUAGGGCGGGCAGGGAUCGCCGACCUCCAGCAGCACGCCUUCUUCACCAGCAUCGACUGGCAGAACAUCGCCGACCAGACCCCGCCCUACAUCCCAGAGGUGGCCAGCCCCACCGACACCUCCAACUUCGACUUGAAUGACAACGUCUUGAAGACCUGGGACUCGGCCCCUCCCCGCAGUCGCGGCGCGUUCUCCGGGCUCCACCUGCCCUUUGUCGGCUUCACCUACACCUCCAGCAGCUGGCUGUCUGACCGAGAGGCGGGGGCGCCCGAAGACCGCGACACCCAGGCCGACGAACGGGGGGCGCCGGGGGCCGAGGGGCUCGGCUUUGGGCUUCCAGAGGGCGGCACCGAAGGGGGGAGGAUGAGGGAGGGGGCAGCCCCCACCCGGGAGGUCCAGUCCCUGGAGGAGCAGCUGCAGACCCUCAGCCAGCAGAGGGACGAAGCACUGGUGGUGACGGACGGGCUGCGGGAGGAGCUGAGCGCUCGGAGCGGGGAGCUGCGGGAGGCCCGGGAGUUGGCCGACCGGGAACUUCGGCAGCGGGAGGACGAGCUGGAGGCGGCGAGGCAGGAGGCGCGGAGGCUGCAGCGGGAGCUGGACAGGAGCCCCCGGGCCAAGGAGGAGGUGCAGCCCGUCCAGUCCCUGGGCGCGGCGACGGGAGAGGGGGAGAGGUCGGGGACGAGCAAAGGCGAGUUGAGGGCCCUGCGCGGUCGGCUGGAGGAGUCCGAGGGCCAGUGUCAGCGGCUGGAGGCCGAGCUGUCGGCGUGCGGGGAGCAGCUGGAGGCAGCGAAGCGAGAGCUGGAGCUGGCACAGCGGGAAGCCCUCAGCGAGGAAACGCAGCUGCUGCGGGGGGAGAGCAGGGAGCUCCGGGCCGAGCUGGAGUCGCUCAGGGAUCAGCUGGAGAAGGUCCGAGCCACCAACAAACAGCUGGAGGAGGAGCUGGGCGCCGCUGAGGCUCGGAGGGAGUCAGCAUCGCAGUGGGACAGCCAGAUUGCGGAGAUUAUACAGUGGGUGGGCGAGGAGAAGGAGGCGCGAGGGUAUCUCCACGCGCUGGCCAACAGGAUGAGUGAGGAGGUGCAGAGUCUGAGGAGGACCAGCCUCGCCAAGCCUGUGGACCGGGACUGGAAGAGCCGGCGUCUCCAGAAGGUGGAAGCCUCGGCCAGGCUGGAGCUGCAGUCGGCGCUGGAGUCCGAGAUCCGGGCCAAGCAGCAGCUGCAGGAGCAGCUCGACGAGGCCAAGGCUGCCGGCCUGCACACUGAAUGUAAGCUGCAGGACGCGGAGAAGGAGAUCGAGAGCCUGAAGCAGGAGGUGGAGAGGCUGAAGAAGGAAGCCGAGGUCCGGUCCCAGCGAGGUCUGCAACAGGAACGUCUGCUGGCCUUCCUCCCUUGCCUCCCGGAUGAGCUUCCGGACGGUUCCGCAAGUUCCACGGACAGCGGGAAGUUCUCCCCGACCCAGAGUCCGGGCAGUCCUGGUGCUGAGGUGGCUGGGGCCGGAGCCAAACCCUCGUCUCCGACCGCGUCAGUGAAGAAACCCCCGGUACCGGCACCUCGAAGCUUACCGGGCACCAAGCCCACGCCUCACCAGUUCAAGAUACAAUCCUUCAGUGUCCCGACAAAGUGCAUGAGGUGUACCUCGGUCAUGGUGGGAGUGGUCCGGCAAGGAGUCAACUGUGAAGUUUGCCACUUCAGAUGCCACGCGGGCUGCUCGGCGGGGGCACUGGGAUGCCCGGCGCCCCCCCAGCAGAUCCGGUCCCUGGGCAUCGAGCCGAGCAGAGGCACCGGGACGGCGCUGGAGGGCAACGUGUCGGUGCCAAAGCCGGCGGGGGUGCGUCGGGGUUGGCAGCGGGCCUUCGCCAUCCUCUCCGACUGCCGGCUGCUGGUGUUCGAGGCGGCGGAGCCGAAGGCGACCGGAGCGGCGCACGUCUUCGACCUACGAGACGAGGGUUUCGCCGUCACCCCUGUCUUCUCCUCCGAUGUCAUCCACGCCAACAAGAAGGACGUUCCUUGCAUCUUCCGGGUCACGGCCUCGCAGCUGAGGGUCCCGAACACCAAGACCUCCCUGCUGGUGCUGGCGGACAGCGAGAGCGAGAAACGGAAGUGGGUGGCGGUGAUCAGCGAGCUGGUCUCCAUCUGUAAGCAGAACGGACUCCGGGAGAGCCUGGCGUUGGAGGCCAUGGAGGCGUACGACAAUACCCUGCCCCUGAUACGGAGCGUGCAGUCUGGAGCCAUUCUGGACCAGAAACGAAUCGCGCUGGGAACCGACGACGGCCUGUUCCUCCUGCACCUGACAAAAAACGAGCUGACCCUGCUGGGAGACAGGAAGCGGAUUCACCUGGUGGUCCCCGUUCCGGGCUCGGACCUGCUGGCCGCCAUCUCCGGCCGGGGCCGCUCCCUCCGCCUGUACAGCCGCGAGGAGCGGCGGGCCCCGGAGGCGGGUGGCGGCGCCAAGGUGCCCGAGGGGCGGGGGGCCCAGCUGGUGGCGGCCGGCGCCCUGCCCCAGCCCGGCAGCGGCUGUCUGUGCCUGGCCAGCAGGCGGCAGGUCACCUGCCUGCGGCUGUGCGCCACCGAGCCCCGCUGCCGGCCGCUGAGGCAGUUCCAGGCGCCGGGCAACGUGCAGUGGAUGGGCGUGUUCGGGGAGCGGCUCUGCGUCGGCUACCCGUCCGGCUUCAGUCUGUACCCGCUGCUGAGCCAGGGCCCGGCGCAGACGCUGGUCAGCCCGCAGGAUCCGACCCUCGGCUUCCUGACGCAGCCGCCGGCCGAGGCGCUGUGCGCCGCUCCGCUCUCCGCGGAUCUCUACCUCCUCUGCUUCAGCUCCGUCGGCGUCUACGUCAAUGGCGAGGGCCGCCGGGCGCGGCAGCAGGAGAUGGUGUGGCCGGCCACCCCUCUCGCCGCAGCCUGCCGUGGUAACUACCUGACCGUGUACAGUGGGAAUACCGUGAAUGUUUUCAACGUGGGGACGGCCGAAUGGAUUCAGACCAUACCCCUGAAGAAGAUGCGGCCGCUCAGCGCUGACGGAUCCCUGAACCUGGCGGCCUGCGAGCCCUACCGGCUGGUGUACCUGCGGAGCGAGGAGAGAGGGACGGCCGCCCUCGUGCUCCCCGAGACUCCGAGCAGCAGCCGGCGGCAGAUGUAUCGCACCCAGAGCAAGCGGCGGUUCGCCUUCCGCAUCUCCGAGGUGGAACGAGCGCAGCAGUGGAGGGAGAUGCUGAGCGAUCCCCAGGCCAGGUCCAAGCUCAUCUCCAACCCCAGCAACUUCAGCCACGUGGUGCACGUGGGCCCUGGGAAAGCCAUUCCCGCUCUGCAGGAGCAGCCAUCGCCGGUGAAUUCUCCGGACGAGAAGGGCCAGCUCUCCUUCAACCUUCCCACGUUCCGGCACCGCAGCAGCACUGAAUCUGGGCUGAUCAGCUUCCUGAGCAACUACAAGGCCUCCGGUGGGUCAGCAACUGGGAGUCCUCCCCGACAGCCGGUGAAUUCUCCGGACGAGAAGGGCCAGCUCUCCUUCAACCUUCCCACGUUCCGGCACCGCAGCAGCACUGAAUCUGGGCUGAUCAGCUUCCUGAGCAACUACAAGGCCUCCGGUGGGUCAGCAACUGGCUCUUCCAGCAGUCAUUUGCCACGGAAACAGAUAUCCAUGGAUUCGACCUCACUCGCGGACUUCUAACCCCGCCCGCCUCCGAGGGACAUCCUGCCCCUUCCGGGGCGAGGGGAGCCGGCCCGCGGACCGCCGCAGACUCCGUCCGGACCGUCCUCCGCCUGGCCCGCAUGCGGCGACCCUCUCUCAGUGGCAGCUGCACGUUCAUCCUUUGCCCGUGAGCCGGACGGUCCCCGGGCUCAACUCCGGUGACUGCGGCCGCCAACGCUCCCCCUCGAUUCCUUCUUCAAACUGCGCCGACCAGACAUCACUCUGAGCAGGAAAGUUUCACACAGCCUGUAAACUGCGCGGCACUUUAAAUGUCUUCUUUUGUAAUAUGCAUUUUGUGACUAUUAAUAAUGAAAACUGAAAAA